AGAUUAUUUAAAUGUUUGUAAACAUCCGUAAGUUUCUAAGGUUUUUAUCAGCGUCAAGCAAAUUUUUAAUGUUUUAACAGUUUUAAUUAGAUAAUUAAAGUUAAAUAAUGUCAAUUAAACCACUUGAUAAGAAUACAGUUAAAAAAUUAACAACAUCACAAGUAAUAACGUCAGUUUUUGGUGUCGUCAAAGAACUCGUUGAAAAUUCUCUUGAUGCCGGUGCUAAUAAUAUUGAAGUUUAUCUUAAAAAUAAAGGACUGUCAUCAAUUGAAGUAAAAGAUAAUGGAGGCGGCAUAUCAUCAACAAGCUCAGCAUUUAUGGCACUCCAGGGUUAUACAUCUAAAUUAUCAAACUUCAGUGAUCUAGAAUCAUUAACGACAUACGGAUUUCGUGGCGAAGCGCUCAGUUCUAUUUGUAAAGUGUCAAAAGUUCAAGUAAUGACAAGAACAAUUGAAGAUGAUGCUGCUAGAUGUUAUACUUUGGAUCACAAUGGAGUUGUCACUGUUGCCCAACAUUGCCAUCGUUCUUUAGGUACGACAGUAAGAGCCGAAAAUUUAUUUUUCAAUAUUCCGGUACGGAGACAAGUCAUAACUGAUCCUAAGACUGCUAACAAAGAUAUUAAAACAAUUAAAAAAUGGCUACUGGACUACAGUAUUUGUUGUCCGGAAGUAUCGAUGACUUUUACGGUUGAUUCUAAAAAUAUUUUAAUGAAACAUGGGAAGACAAAUUAUAAAGAAUGUUUGAUUGAAAUAUUUGGCAGGAAAUUUGUUUCAAAUUACGAAUUCAUGACUUACAGUGAUGAUAAAAUGAAAAUUGAGCUGACGGUACCAAAAAAAGAAUUGUUGGAGGUAUCGGAAGUAUGUAGUUCUGAUAAUUGUCAUGUGUUUAUAAACAAACGCCCGGUUUUUUAUGAAGAGUUUGAGAAACCGAUUGUCAAAAUAAUGUCUGAUUAUUUUAAAGACAAAAUAGCUAAAGGGAAAAUGUGUUUUUUUCUCGGCAUUUGUGUGUCGCCAUCUGAAAUCGAUGUCAAUUUAGAGCCCAACAAAGUUAAAGUACUGAUGAUCAACCAAACUGGUAUUUUGGAUGUCAUUAAAAAGCUAAUGAUUAAUUAUUACGGCCUUGAAAAAGAAGAAGAAGAAGAAGUAAAUGAUGAAGAUAAACUUCAAAAUUCAAAUGAUUUAACUUCACCCGCUUAUUUUGAUUCUACUUUCAAUGACAGCGAAACGGAAGAAGAAAUCAGUAAUAAGAAACGGAAGCUGACGAAAAAAAAUUCUAAAAAUUCAUUGAAGAAAAGUAAAUUAACUUCUGAUGAGGACAAAGAAAAUAAUUUGGGACAUAAAAUUGUCAAGGAAGUCGAAGGGCAGGUAAUUAGUGUAGAAAAAGUCAUUGAUAGAGAUAAUGAAGUUGCUAAUGAGAGAGUAAUUACUGUGAGUAAUGAAGAAAUAGCAAUGGAAGAAGAUACUUUGAGCCAAAUACCAGUUAUUGAUAUCGGUGAGGAUUUUUGUAUGCAAGAAAUAGAUGAAAAGCCAUCGCUAAGUCUUGAAAAAAUAGAACUGUUGGAAAAAAGAAUAAAAAAUAUAUCUAGUGAUAAUUUAAAUACACCCAAGACACCUGAUACAUUUAUUGUACCUGAUUCAAUUGAUAAUACUCCGGAAAUCAAUAAAAUUACACCUGAUUCAACUGAUAAUGUAUCAGAUAUAUUUAGUAAUAUACCUGAUUCAAAUGAAAAUACACCUGAUACAUCUAGUAAACCUCAAUAUACUUUAUCGCAAUGGAGUAAAGGUCAAUUACCAAUACAGGGCGGCACAAACGUACAAGUUGGUAGACCGAGUCCUAUCAGUACAACAAAUAAAAGCCAAAGUAAAGCAGAGACAGUAGACAGCGGGUUUCAAAUUUUUUGCCGGGCAAAUACUGCACAGAUACGGCAUGAGAAUCCGGUACUGAAUCCAGUAGAAAUGGCUGCUAAGUUGGCUGAGAAAUGGAGACUCCUGAGUCCUGGUGAACGGCAACACUACCGUGAGCUCGGUCGCGGUCAUAAUUUCACUUUGGACACGAGUAUCGGUAACCGGAGUCAGAAAAAAAGGUCACAGGUCUCGGAGAAGGAGAAGGAAGAUAAUAAGAGCAGGCUGAUGAAGAUGUUGAAGCAAAAAUUGGGACAAAGACCUGGGAAAAAAAGGGAUGAAGAGAAUGAGGAAAGUGGGAGUAACAAGGAUUUGAAGUUAGCGACGGUGUUACCUUUUGAAAUCAGUAUCGAUACAGUGAGAGAUUGUAAUGCAGAUAGAAAUCGAUUGAGUAUUGAGAAUAAUUAUUAUAUUAUCGGUAAAGUAAAUGAUGAUAUUUAUUUGGCUAAAACAAAUACACAGAUUUGGGGAUUUAAUUUGAAUAAAUUUUUCGAUGAUUUGAAUUUAAAUGAAGAUGAGCGUCAAGCUAAUAAGGGAAAUUUAAAAAAGAUUGAAAAAUAUUUCAAACAAUGGAUCGAAGAGAAAGAAGAUCCGAGUAUUUUAAACCAUAUUUAUGAUUUACAAAAUAUGGAUGUCUCUUAAAAAUUUUAGUAUCACAUUUUAAAUAUUUAAAAAUUUGUAAUUAUAAAAUAUAUUUAUUUUAAUUAAUAAACCAGAAGUUUUGAA